AGUACGUUUCCUGCUGGGUCCCGGUAAAAACAGAAAAGCCACACGUGUCGGUGCCGCGGUCCGGUGUGUUUACCCGCAGAGACCCGGAGGACAGUCCGGCUGCAGCGGAAAUAGUCUGCUCCGAGUUGGGAGAAUGUCUGAAGAGGUUCCGCAGGAGGGGCAGCAGUCCCAGGCCACCCAGUCCCAGUCCCAGGCUGAGUCAACCCAGUCCACCCAGUCUCUGUCCCAGGUCCUUUCCACCCAGUCCCAAUCCCAGCCUGGCUCCAGUUCUUCCAGCGGGCCAACCUCAGCCAGCCAGUCGUCCAGCGGCUCGGGGACACUGAGCAGCGUGGACACCAUCCCCGUCACCCUGCCGUCCGUCCCCGAGGAGCCCGAGGCACAACCCUGGGGCCGACUGCUGCCCAUGGCCCGAGGCUUCAGGAGCCACGACUGUGUCGAGGAUCAGUACCUGUUUGGACGGGACUCUAAGUGUAACUAUGUUCUGGAUGAUCCAGAUCACAGAGGAUCCAAAAAGUUCAGAAUCUACAGCAAGAAACACUUCAGGAUCUACAGAGAGGGCAGUGAGGUGUUUGUGGAGGACUUCAGUAAUAACGGGACAUUUGUUGAUGGGAAGCUGGUCGGUAAAGGCAAGAAGUUUCUUCUGGUCAACAACGCGGUGCUCGCUCUGUCUGAACAACGGAACAAAGUCUUUGUCUUCAUUGAUCUGAUGUCAGAUGAUCAAUCAACGUUACCUAAAGAGCUUCAGGAGAAAUAUCAGCUGACUCGGCGCAUCGGCACAGGAGUGUGUGGUGAAGUCAAACUGGCCUUCGAGAGAUCCACCUGGAGAAAAUUUGCUGUGAAAAUAAUAAACAAGAAGAAUUUUCAGUCUGAAGGGACAGCGACGCGAAAUGCAAAGACAGAGAUUGAGAUUCUGCAGAGAGUCGACCACCCUUGUCUCAUAAGGACGGAGGACUUUUAUCAGACGGAGGACAGCUAUUACAUCGUGUUGGAACUGAUGGAGGGAGGAGAGUUGUUCCAAAGAGUGAAGUCUCAGAAGCAGCUCGCCGAGUCCGUCGCCAAACUUUACUUCUACCAGAUGCUGAGAGCGGUCCAGUACCUCCACACUAAUGGGAUCAUCCACAGAGACCUGAAACCAGAGAACAUCCUGCUGUCCUCACAGGAUGACGUUUGUCUUAUCAAGGUGACGGACUUCAACCAGUCCAGGAUCUUGGAGGAGGCCAUGCUGAUGAGGACUCUGUGUGGGACUCCGUCUUACCUGGCCCCUGAAGUCUUCACUCACGCCUUCACCACAGGUUACAGUCUGGCUGUGGACGCCUGGAGCCUCGGAGUCCUGCUCUUUGUCUGUCUGGGUGGUUAUCCUCCUUUUCACGAGAGCUUUGGCCACCAGUCGAUCACAGAUCAGAUUAUUUGUGGAGAGUUUACGAUGGUUCCAUCCAAAUGGAAAUGCAUCUCUGACCAAGCGAAGGACGUAGUGAGGAAGCUGCUGGUUGUUGAUCCCAGUAAGAGGAUGACUAUAGAGGAGGCUCUGCAGCACCCCUGGUUACAGGAUCAGGUGAUGUUGGAGACGGCUCACAGACUCAUGUACCCCUCUGCUGAUGAUGCUGCUGCUGCUGCCGCUGCCAUGCCAGAGGCGGGGACAGCCACAGGACCGGGAUCAGGACCCACCAGGAGGAAACGAGGACGAGAUGAAGGAGACCAGGAAGAGGAAGGACAACCAGCCAAGCGGAGCCAAGCCCCGCCCACUUCCCCACUGUAGAGGACCAAUCAGAUUCAGCCAUUCCAUUCCUCAGGUCAUGUGACUCCUACCUGUUCACGACUGAAACACUGUAAAAAAAAAAAAAAAGUGUAGAUUUUUUUCUAAUAAAGUCUUUUAUAUUUUU